AUGAGUGGCGCAGGCUACAAUAAUCCCGAAAUGCUGGCAGCUGCCAGGGAGCUGGCCAUGUCGUUUGGCAAUUCUAGCCAGCCAAGAGGCGGCGGCGGCAGACAGAGACGCGGUAAUGAUUUUGAAAACAGAGCGCCUCGGGAGAGGUACAACUACAGCCCUCCUCCUCCCCCUCGUACGGUCAUCUCUAACAUUCCUCCUCCAAGCCGGCGCAACUACACAGACACUCUCGUCUCUAGCAACGUGAGACGUCUUCCUGGUCAUAUCUUGGGAUCUUCUCCCAUGGACUUUCUGAACCGUCGAGAGCCGACACCGGAGCCAACGUCAGCUCAUCUACCGACAGCAAAUCAACCUCAAGAAUCUCCUAACCAAAGCGCUAUGGCAGUCGUGUCCCCAAGUUUUACCAGCACACCAGUCAACAACGUUGCUCAGGGACAAAACGGGACUGAUGUCUCGGGCAACGAGAACCGCACUAUCGCCCCAGCUCGAGCUGACGAGGGCCGCAUGGUAGACAUCCAAGCAGAGGCCACAAUGGCCAAGGGCACUGAGAGUGGCCAGCCCAGCGCCCACAGGCCUAUGAAUGCAGCCCCAGCACAGGCUCCAGCCCUUGUCCCUGGGAGCCUUCGAAACAACAGCAUUGCUAGCACUUGGGCCGCCUCCUACAACGAUUCUUCUGACGAAGAGGAAGAGGAAGAGGAGGGAGAAAUUAUUGAAAGACCCAAGGCAGAGCCUUCCAGAAAAGAUGUACCAAAUCUUCCAAGGGCAGACGACGAGGACCUGAUCACGAUAUCCCCAGACCAGAAGCCCAGCACUCCCUACACAGAGGACAUUUCAAAGUCUCCACUUGCGCCAACUGAAACCACGAAUGGAAUCUCAGUCCAGAAAGUGCGAGGGAACAUUGUCCCACCUCUUCAGGAGAACGGGCCCGGACCGGCUGAGGGGUCUUCAGCAAUCAAGCAGACCUCACAUGAGCUUGCAACCUCACGAGACCAGACUCGAGGUGAGAAUAAACCCGGUGAGCCAACUAAUAUCUCGAAUCUUCGUCCUCAAGCUCCAGGGUUCGUGCCAGAAUCCCGGGCGGUUUCCCUGGAUUCUCCUAUGAGUCCUCCAGGGUACCCCCCAAGCACGCCCACGGCCAAUCCAUUUGCCGCAAAACUCGACGCAGAGAGUCAUGAAGAGGCGGCAUCCCAUCAAAGCCAUUCUCAGUACCUUGUUGCCGGGAAUCCUGAUGGCAGUCCUUCAUUCGCUGGACACCUCGUCACCAUAACUCCUGUUCGAAUUACUAACGGUCUCCUUAUCCCAGGACCUACGAAUGGUCAUGUAUUGAUGCAACCUCACCUCGAUAUUCCCCAUCACCCUCAGGCUUCGCCCAUUCAGUUCCCUGCAAUGCCAAUGACACCUGGCCCAAGUCAGCCAAGCCAGGCUGGCGAGAACAAGACCGUCGCGCCUGUUGAGAAGCAGAAUGGCCCCCGGAAAACUCAAGGUCUCAAGUCCUCGAUGUGGGCUUCCUAA